CUUUUCGUUUCGUUCUUUCAUUCUUUCUCUUUUGCUCUGCGACAAAUGCGCCGCAGCAGGGGACGCGGCCGCACAGGUCAAGCCGCAAAUCAAGCCGCAAAUCAAGCCCGUGCUCAACAGACGACCCGCCUGAACACCGCUUCACCCGCAGCCCAGCCACAGUCGACAGAUCAGGCUGCAGACGUUGCAGACGUCGCUGAUAGGGUCAGUCAACUCCAGCUGCAUGACCAAGCACCCACUGCAGCUGCACCGAGCGACCCCAUGGCAGACUUGGCUGCGUGUCUCGGUGUCUCGGCGGUCGUUUUGGCGCCAUAUUCGCCACGUCUUCCGAACGUCGACAAGGCUGCCCAGCGUGCAGGACUUCUGGAGGCUUUGCUCGGUCUAACAUCAAAUCAAGUUGAGCCUACAGCCGCACAGAGAGCAGCUGCGACUACGGUGCUCGUCGAGCUGGAGUUAUCAUUGAGCAGCCGUUUGCCGCGAAUCUUACACGGACAGGAGUUGCUCUCCGAUGUGAUAGUUGAGCUGACGCUAGAGGAGGGCCGCAGAAGAGCCGAACAACGAGCCCAAGCCGCCAAACAAGAAGCCCAAGCCUCCAAACAAGAAGCCCAGGCCUCCGAACAACGAGCCCAAGCCGCCAAACGGCAGCUCGCUCUUCAGAAUGCCGCCACCACACUUGCCGAGAUGAUACCUAACCCGUCGCAGAUACCGACCCCAGAGCACUGGCCAUCGCCCGUCACGAUUCUGUUUCCACGACCGGCCGCUGCUGCCUCCAUUCUUGCCCAUAUUUGGGAGACAUUGCACCCGCCAACAGAUCGAUAUAAAUUCAAGAUGCUGCAAGUAGCGACGAUGAGCGGCAUGGGCAAGACGACCUACGGAGCAAACGUGGUUGCUCACCUGCUUCAAGCAUUGCGAGACCUCGACAUCCGCCAGACGCUCCCCAAAAUUAGGCCGGACACGCUGAUCGAUCUGCUCGAGCAUCGAACUCGGCACGUUUUCAUCGAUUUCAACGCGAAAGGGGACGCCAUUCAAGGUGAUGAGAACCACCAAGACCAUUUCUGGCUUUCCCGUCGCCUUGUAGCUCGUGGUCUGCUCAACGUACCGAUGACAACUGCGCGCACCGAUUUCAAAUUCAGUCGUCUUGCAAACACUCCUGUUGACCAAGUUGUUCAGGAGCUCUGGCGCCGGCAGCGGCAAGCACAAAACAUCCCAGCUGACCAACGUGCUCUUCUCAUCCUUCACAUUGACGAUCAUCAGCUGGCACAGCGGGAUUUUCUGUUAUUCCAUGGUCACACCGCUGAUGCUGUUUCCGUCGCAAUGGUAUCCGCCUUCAAAGCAGUUGUCAACUGCAACGCUGACCUCAACUCCAAGAACACUGUCGUACUGCUCCUCACCGGCACUUCACGCGCAAACAUGGACCGGUUGACAAUCACCGAAGGUACUGUCCAUCACUUGCAAUUCGAGCCGAUUACUGCAUCUUCCGCCUUCGACUUGCUGACCGAGAGCUGGAGCGACAAACCAUCAAUCCAUGCCAUGUGGCGUGCACAUCCCGAAUUUGUUCAGCUGGUUCGCGAUCUUGGUGGCAACCCUCGCCUCAUUCGGGCACUCACCUACAAUUACGCACUGAGCAAACCGCCGCCUCGGGACUAUGAUGACGUGAUCCGUACGCUCGCGGAUGUCUCAUCAGAGUUGUCAUCUGUGGCGCGUGCAUACAUGACGAGUUGGCAUAAUAGUGUCAACAACAUCAUCAGUCUUGUGUACCUCUUGUUGAGUCCGAUUCCUGUGUCGUCUUCGUUGACACUUGGUGAAAAGUCCAUCGACCAGCUUGCUUUUGAUGGAUUUCUGACGCUGGCUCCUCACGAGGAUCGCGUUGUCGUCGGGUGCCCGAUUCCCAUGAUGUUGGCGAUGGUGUUCAGAAACGAACAGCUCGCUUCAAGUUCUGUUGCUUCCUUGUUCCAGACGCCAUUCAAAUCGGUGUCAAACGGCCCCCUCUUCGAGCUGGUCGUUCUGUUUUCGCAAACUGCUCGACUUCACGCUUUGAGGAACUUUGGCCAAAUUCCCGCGAGCCCUGCAUCGCCCGCAUCAUCAUCCGCGCCAUCGCACGCACCGCUCUCAAGCAUCCGAGAGCUCCUGAGGGUUACUGGCGCACUUUGCUACGCUGAUGAAGGGACAAUUUCGAAAUCGUUUGCGCUUUCUGAACACUACGAGCCCGUCCUUCAGACUGGGCAAAUCCUUUCCAACUCUCAUUCAACGCUCAGCAUGAGUGCGAUGCUGCGAGGGAAGAAUGGCUGGACAACCUAUUCUUAUGGUUCGCCUGAUCUGCAGACCUACGCCACAUCUCCCCAAAGCGUUUGUCCUGUUGUUCGGACAGAAAUUGGAACCUUUGGUGUAGACAUGUGGGUCGCGCUCCCAGCGGCCCCUCGACAUAAACCACUUCUUGUGUUGUACCAGCUCAAAAACCACAAAAAGGUGGAUACCGCCGAUGCAGACAACUGGCGGGCGACCAUCCGAAGCACAUUCCAAGCGGUCAGCGUCGCCAAUGGCCUCUACGAUACUCUCCUUGUUUUCAUGGUCACUGGAAGUGCGAGUGAGCACCAGGACCCUUCAGUCCGUCUGGAAAGGGAUCGCGCUUGGGCGAGGACCCUGGUGACGCCACCAAACGGCCAGCCAGACCCUCGAGUGAUUGUGCUGAUGGGCGAGGAUGUGUUCAACGCCGUGCCAUUCUUUCGGACUCGUCUUCCAGCCGCUACAAGUUAGUCGACCCACCCUUUCCCGCACAAUGGAUUUUAUUGAUAUAUUGACAUAUAAACUGUUGCUCUUCAUUACUAGUAUUUCCGGAAAAAAAAAUCGCAUGCUUGAA